AUAUUUCUGUCAAUCAAAAUUUCAUUGUGGAACAGAAUCGAAACUCUGCACAAAACCAGAUCGCAAGAUGAAAUGUUAAAAUUGUUUUCAGUAUUCGAAUUUGCUCUACGAACCAUUUCUAAAAUGGCUUGCCCAGUGAGUGACCAGUGCAAAGGUCUGGCUUCUGGAGGUAAAACUUACAAAAUCGUGAUGGUAAGACAUGGUGAAUCAGAAUGGAACAAGCAGAACUUAUUUUGCGGAUGGUACAAUGCAGAUCUCAGUGAUAGAGGUAGGGAUGAAGCAAAAAGAGCUGGAAAGGCGUUGAAAGAUGCCAACUAUGAAUUCGAUCUAGCUUUCACUUCCGUGUUGAAAAGAGCAAACGAAACGCUGGACGGGAUAUUGACGGAGCUGGGCCAGACAGGCAUACCGAUUCGGAAAACUUGGAGGCUGAAUGAGAGACAUUAUGGAGGAUUGACAGGUCUGAACAAAGUGGACACCGUGGCCAAAUACGGCGAUGAGCAGGUGGCGAUAUGGCGGCGCAGCUUCGACGUGCCCCCGCCCCCCAUCACGCCCGACAACCCCUACUACGACACCAUCCUCCAAGACCCCAUCUACGCCGACGGGCCCCCCAAGGAGGAGUUCCCCAUGUUCGAGUCGCUCAAGCUGACGAUCGCGCGGACGCUGCCCUUCUGGAACGACGUCGUCGUGCCAGAAUUGAAGGCUGGAAAGCGGGUUCUUAUCGCCGCGCACGGGAACAGUCUCAGAGGUAUAGUCAAACAUCUGGACCAAAUGAGCAAUGAUGAUAUCAUGAAGUUGAAUUUGCCGACUGGCAUACCAUUCUAUUACAUUCUGGAUGAGAACUUGAAACCUGUGCCAAAUGAGAGUUUGAAAUUCUUAGGAGAUCCAGAGACUGUCAGGAAGGCUAUGGAAGAAGUAGCUAAUCAAGUUAAAGCAAAGAAAUGAAUGGUCUAAGAAGAAUGAAAGCUUGAAAUUGUACAGUCUUAUAAAAAGACUGCAAGUAUAACUUAAAAAUUUUCAGAUUUUAAAAAGUAAAAUAAAUGCUUUGGAACUUAAUAUAAACUGGUAUCAAUAUAAUUUUCUCUCAACAUUAACCAAAGUUUGUAGAAUAAUCAUAUUUUUUAUUGAUGUCUUUGAUUGCCCUGUGAAAUUCAGUUUUUUUCUAAAUUUUUGUCUGCAAUUUGAAGAGAAUGUCACAAAAAAUGAAUAUAAAUUAGUGUAAAAAAGAUUGAGUUAGCUAUAAAAAAAAAAGAAAUAAGCCCAUAGUAUAUUCAUUUAUUUUUCAAAAUAAUACAUAACACCACAAACACAAAAGUAUUGAUAAAAUUUUGUACACAUUUCAAUUGGAAAAAGUAACUCAAAUACCAAUUUGUGAUACAUUUGGAUUCAGAAGAAGCUGAAUCCUACAGAACAAUAAAAAAAUAUCAUAUUUUAAAAAACAUUGAUCAUUCUUCAAACAACAAUUGCUUUUGGAAAAAUAUUAUAGAGAUACCAAUGAUACUAGUUCAUAGUGAAUUUCAAACCAGUCAUUCUGUUAUACCUUGCAGCAUUUUGAAUUUGUUAGACUACAUUUUUUAUAUAUUAUUCUUGUAUCUCUACCCUGAAUAUACCUACCACAAUACCUGCUUCAUAUUAUUUUGUCUUGGAUCUGUGGUCUGUGAAUUUAUUGCCAUC